GGUGCCAUGCAUUCAAAUACUUUUGUCGUGAGACAAAAUAGCUUCAGAAGUAUACAUCUGGAUUUUGUUUUUUUUCUUGGAUUUGGACAAAAUUCAACCAUAGAAAUGCCCACAGUACAAGUUGACUUUGCAAAACAGGGAGAGUUUCUGGCAAUCUGAAGGAAUAGAGCUCAUGGUUUCCUAUGUACUUCAAGCGCCUGCUCCCUGUGGUACAAAACUCUGGUGUGUGUUACUCCAGCCUCCUGGAGCCGUUUUGCUUUCCUAAGAGAGGAGCCAUUAACUCCUGCAGGGUCUGUGCAAGGAGCUGUCGGUGUCCCCACAGCAGCAGUCAGUGACAGCUCAUCUGGGUUUCAUCAGCUCUCUGGGGCAGCGUUUCACCAGGCCCCUUUGCCAGAGCCUCCCCGGCGUCAACAAGUGUCGCACCUACUGCAGAAACAGCCCUCAAGUUUCAUCACAGUGAUGCUCAAAAAUAUUCUCCAGCUUCAGCAAUGACCUAGUUCAUUCAAGGGCAGGGGAAAAAAUGCCCUUCUUCCAGAACUUGCCCAGGCACAGAGUUUUCCUCUUAGGAAGACAGGACUCCCAACUGUGCUUUGAUCAGUUUUUGGAAAAGACCUUGAAUUUGAAUCCCUGUCCCAGAAACCGUGUCACCCGAUCAAUGUCUCAGAUACAGCCUGGGGAGCCCACCACGGAUCCAGCCCUCCAAUAACAUCUCUUGGACAAACAGUACUGAAAAAUUCCCGUGGCAUGAAAGGAUGACAGACGCAGGAGGGCCCCAGAGGCACGCACUCUGUUUUUUGUCUACACUCCUAUCCCAGAAGGUUCCUGAGAAGACAGACCUUGUGCUCCGCUGCAUGAUAUCCGGUGAGCCCAAACCAGAAGUAACGUGGUAUAAGAAUGGCCAAGCCAUAGAUGAGUGUGACAUUAUUUCCAGUUAUGAGUUCUUCAAGCAUCAGUAUAUCCAUGUGCUACAUCUCUCUUGCUGUACCAAAAGCGAUGCUGCCGUUUACCAAAUCUCAGCUAAAAGCUCUGCGGGGUUGAUCUGCUGCUCUGCUACCAUUGAGGUCGAGUGUCCAUCAGAGAACCCACGACCCCCUCCUGACCUGGGAGAUGACAGGGACACAGGGUGGAAAUGUGACAUACAAGAGACAAAUGAGGAGAAAAGCACAAACCAAACUGAUGAGAGCAAACACCCUUGUAAGGAAGAAGGAAACAUCUCUGCAGGGGCUCCCACACCAGCCGAUUCUUCCUCCUUCAAAUUCGACCACUUAUGCUCACCCCAGUUAUUGGCCAAUAAUGAUAUUAGUGCAUCCAGCUCUGAAAAUGCUCCGGAUACUAAAGGAACAAGGCAAACUGCAGAGGCUUAUGAUCCAAAGGGCACAGGAGGAAAUUUCCUCAAUUCAAAUAAUACUCCUCAAAAACAAGAUGUAUGUUGCCACAGAACAGAGUGUUCCUUGGUCUCCCAGCCAACGGAUGGAGGUCUAAACAGUGAUGGCCCUAAUGAUGAGAUCUUAACCUCUACUCAAAAAACCCCCAAAGCACAGAAAUACAUCAGCUUCAGCCUUCCACUCUCAGAGGUGAUUGCAUGCAUUUACCCAGGGAACAGCGCCCCGGUCAACAAGCAACCCAGUCCCCAGGUUUCCAGCGAAGACUCCGACAGUGACUAUGAACUUUGCCCAGAGAUAACCCUAACCUGCACGGAGGAGUUUUCAGAUGAUGACCUGGAGUAUCUGGAAUGUUCCGAUGUUAUGACAGAUUACACUAAUGCAGUUUGGCAAAGGAACCUGCAGGGGACUGAGCAUGUUUUUUUAUUAGAAAGCGAUGACGAAGAGACAGAAUUCAGUGAGUGUGGCCUGGGUGGGCGUGAGCAUUUCCUCAGUGAAAUGGGUUGUGGGCCUCAGGUGUCGGGUAACACAGGGCCUAUGGAUGCCACCACUGGCUUCUGUGGUUAUCACUCACAACUCCAAGAAGUGGAGAUCAAGAGCAGCGGAGCCUCCAGGCACAGUCCCUCAUCCCUGCGAACAGGGAGAACUCUUGCUUUGGGACCUCACCAGGAUAGGACAGCUUUAGUGAGUGAACAGGGGAGAUGUCCACUCCCCACACUGCCUGAGGCUGCUGAAAAUGAUUAUCCAGGAAUUCAAGGAGAAACCAGAGAUAGCCACCAAGCAGGAGAGGAAUUUGCCAGUGACAAUCUGCUAACCAUGGAUGAAGCGGUGACAGAGACAGAGGUGAAGCCCUCGUCUGGGGGGUUGGAAAAGUCAGGGAUGAAAGAGGGUUUGGAGAUUGCGGUAGAAGAAAGAGGAGAGGAGAGGGACUUAGGCAGCAGGAAGGGCAUCCGGACACCUGCCAGGGUGCAGCGAGCGGGGGCGAAGGGUAAAGCCAAGAAGCUGACCCCCAAAGAAAGUGCAGCAGGAGGCACCCUCGCUUCCCCUCCCAAGGAACCCAUCAGGCACCCACCAGUGUGGAGCCGUCACAGAGAGACUCCCCGGGCCAAAGCAGCAGCUCCUGGUGGGGAUUCCCACCUCCACACAGGAGAAUGUGCAAUUUCACCAGAGGCAGCGCAAGACGCGAGAGCCCUUCCACCUUCAGCAGACUCUCUCCCCAAGGAAGGGGCUACAAACUUGGAAGGAGAAGGGAUGCCGGAGAAUAACCUGUUUACAACAAGCCAGGUUCCAGACCUGAGUGAUCAUCCUCAGGGGCAAAUUCAGGAAACAGCCAGGGAGAGAAGUUCUCUCAGCCAGAAGCCAGCAUUCCCAGAAUUUGCUGGGAAGGAGUCUCCAUUCACCGGGACCACAAUGGAUUCCUUCUCCAACUUAUGGGGGAUCCACAAGAAAAAUGCAUCUUGGACCCAAUACCUAGAGGAAGGGGGUCAUGCUGAAGGCCCACAGCAGGAGGAAGAACCUGGAAGAGAAGGCCACCCACCUGGUGGUUCUGGGGCAGAUGGAGAACAUGAACAGAACACCCAAGAAGCCAAUGCUGGAAAGAUGUCCCUGGCUGGGCCCUCAACACAUCUCCCCUGGGAUACUGGUGCUGACUGCAAGGAGCCCGAGGUGCCGGAGCCUCUCUCUGCUGCUUCCCCUGGCUCUGCAGACACCAGCCUCCCCUUGGAGAACGUGUGCAAGGGCUCAAGGAGCAGAAAAGCAGCAUGUGUGACAGAGUGUUUUGGAGUCAGUGACCAAGGAAUGUAUUGUGAUACCAUGGAUUCUCCUGUUGGGGCACCAGCUGAUAAAUAUUUGCCUCAGGAAAUCUGCUGCAUGGACUAUGAGCUCACAGAAGGUCAAAGCAAAGUAUGUGAUUUAUGUCCUUCUGAUGACAAGACACUGGCAGUUCUUUUACAAACACGAGGUUCUGAGCCUUCACAGUCUACGUGUGCAAACAGCAAGGACAAAAACACAGCUGUGUCCCCUCUUUUCAUUAGUCCUCUCAUCUGGAACAUGUCACAGGAGGCCAAUGCAGGGGGACAUCAGACUGAGGUAGAGAAUUCCUCCUGCAUCUUGCCCUCCACAGCACAAGAUGGCCAGGAGAGCCCAAUCCCACUCAGCUUGGGAGGGCGUGGGGAGACACAUCUUCCUUCCUCUGAGGAUAACCCUUUCCUGAACUUUAAGGAAGGAGGUGACCAGAGUCCCAGUGUCCAAGUCACCACCGGCUCACCAGCCAAUCAUGGCUCAAUCUUGAAGCUUUGGCAGGAGAAGCCAGCAGCACUGACUGCUCAAGUCGAGGGUCUUCAGGUGCCCAGGGAGACUGAGGACAAAUCAAUGAGUGCGGUUGCCACCAAAGUCCACCCAGCCAAGUGCCAAGUUGCUUCAGUUUCUGAGAACAGCCUUGCAGAUGGUGCCAAGGACAGCUCACUUGAGGCAGCGGACAAAAAUGUUGUUCUAUUACCUUCCAACGUACAGUUGGGUCAUAUUUUUGGUGGUUCCACAACUGAAUCUAACAAAGAUUCACCUUGCCUGGCCCUCAGUGUUCUGGAAGAUCCUGGUCAUGUUCCCCCACCUCUUGAGGGAGAGGGUUUCUGUAACAUUUCCCCUCUUCAGAUCGAUAAACAGUCUAGAGAUGUGAGUCAGUCCACAGACAGAGCAGACAUCAGGAGCCUUGAACAGGAUUUCCAAGAAAAAGGAAGUGAAACAAAGCAGAGAAUCCAACUGGACAGCUCAUUCUGCCAGGGUUCUCUUUCUGUAGAUGAUUUCCAAGAAAGUUUGCCCCUGGCAUUGGCUGCACAAGAGGAAGCCAGCAAGGUGCUCUUGGAGGCCUCUCCAGCAAAGUCUAGGGCAGAAAGAAGGUGCAGCUCAGGCCCAGAGACCAGUGUCUUCAUGAUGGCAGAAGCGGCUGCGGAAGAAGAUAGUCAGCCUCUGAGCGGUGUUCCAUCUGUCUCUGAAACACCCCAGGAGCAUGCUGGACUAGGGAGUUGGGAAGCAGGAGCCAAGUUGAAGAUUAUAACCCUAGAGGCUUCUGUUUCUGAAAUUUGGCCACCAAGACAAGGGACAGACCCUGAGUAUAGGGAGGCAGAAGCUGGUUCCAUAGCCCCCGACAAGGCCUGGGCUCUACCUGAUGCUGCUGUGUCUGAGGCAGACCUGCUGGAAACAGCAGCAUGGGCUCAUGGUCCUCAGGCUGAGACAGGUCCAGCUCUGGCCAACAACAAGGAAACCCAUGAAGGUGAAGCACCAGUUAGCAGGGCACAUGGGAACACUCCUCCUUCCCAGGGCUUGAGCCAAUCUAGACUACUGGAGUCGUCUGUGGACCCUGUUGAUGAAAAGGAAUUACAUCUUGCAGAUUCACUAUCAGAGGCCUCAGAAUCUGGCAGGAAGGAAAACGUUAACCAGGAGGAAACCCAGCUCCAGGUGGCCCCCACUGUCUUCUUCAAACAGUUUCUGACCUCCCUUAACAUCCUAGAGUCCUCUGUAGAUCCUCUUGAUGGUGAGGCAGGUGUGGUGGAGCGCCCCAGGGCUGAGCAACCGGGACCUUCUGAAUCCACACUAGGGGCCAUCAGAGAGGGGAAUACAUCAGCUGAUGGAAACUUGGGUCAGGGAGUGGACAUCUGUCCUGCCAUUCUGCAAGUUCCAUGUCCCCAGGACAGUGGGGAAACCAUUCCAAGCAAAACCAGAAUCAACCAAGACCAAGUAGACAGGGAGAGAGAAGAGGUUGAAGGAAGUCAAUAUAACCAGGCAGGGGUGCAAGACCAACCUGCCAGGUGGCCAGCGGAAGAAGGUGGGCAAAGAAUUCCAAGUACAUGCAGGAUAAGCCAAGUGCAAGAGGGCAGGGGCAGAAUCUCAGGGGAGGCAGAACAAGGUCAAAAGGACACAGCCAAAUUUAUUUCCCCCACUUCACCUCUUUCUGGUUGUCUUUCAAUAACACAUGCACCUGUUGGGGUUGAUGCUCACAACUCCACAGUUUAUGAUGGACCUGAAAAUGAUGUUUUUGAACCCAGAAACCAUCAGUACAUAUUUUCUGACUCAAAGGAAAGGGGAACUAUGGAGAACGAGUGUGGGAAAUGUGUGCCCUUCUCCAGUGAUCUUACGCUGUCACCUUGCGCUUCACCUCCUGAAGGAACCAUGUCUCACUCUUCACUCAGCUCUCAGAUUGAGGAACUGAAAACAGAAGAGCCUCAAAUUGGGGAAACCAAACCCUCAGGCUCAUCUGGCUCCCCCCAGAUGACUUUGGCUUUCAUUUCUGGAGAAUGUGAGUCAGAGAACUCCUCUGAGUUCCUGCAGGACCUGUGGCAGAAGGGCUUCCACUUGGGCAGGGAGGAGAAGCCGGGGGUGAAGAAGCCCAGCCGCGUGGCUGCCCAGGCUGGCAAAUUACCAGGGACCCAUCGAGCAGUGGUCACGUCGGAGGAGGUCAGGAAGCAGCAGGAGACCUCGAGCAGUGGACAUUUAGCUGAGGGAGUAAAGAAGAAAAUUCUGUCCAGGGUGGCAGCCCUGAGACUGAGAUUGGAAGAGAAGGAAAAUGUCAGAAAGAACUUGAGUCUUCUUAAAAAGAUCCCUAAGCUCGAAAAAUCCUUAUCAUGCUCAGACGAGAAAAAAGACCCGAAAAAGGUAGCUUGCAAAAGAGAAGGAAAAGCUCCAGUCGUAUUGAAAAAGAUCCAGGCCGAGAUGUUCCCUGACCACCCUGAAAAUGUAAACUUAAGCUGCCAGUUUGCAGAAGUUCACGAAGAUUCUACCAUCUGGUGGACAAAAGAUUCAAAGUCAAUAGCUCAAGUCCAGAGAAGCGCAGGGGACAACUCCGCUGUUUCCUUGACCAUCGUUCAAGCCAGUCAGAAGGACCAGGGUCUCUACUGCUGCUGCAUCAAGAACAGCUGUGGAAAAGUGGCUUCCGAGUUCCACCUCACCGCCCAAGUUCUCAGACAGCUUUCCAGUCACGGGGAUAUUAAAGGGUGUGAAGAGAUUGAAUUUAGUCAGCUCAUCUUCAAAGAGGACUUCCUCAAUGACCACUACUUUGGGGACCGCCUGCGUGGACAGAUUGCCACCGAGGCGCUGCACUUCGGGGAGGGGGUCCACCGCAAAGCCUUCCGCAGCACCGUGAUGCAGGGCCUCACACCCGUCUUCCAGCCGGGUCAUGCCUGUGUGCUCAAGGUACACAACGCAGUCGCCUAUGGGACCAGAAACAACGACGAGCUCAUCCAAAGGAACUACAAACUUGCUGCCCAGGAAUGCUGUGUUCAAAAUACUGCCAGACACUAUGCCAAGAUCUACGCUGCCGAAGCACAGCCCCUGGAAGGCUUUGGAGAAGUGCCCGAGAUCAUUCCUAUUUUUCUCAUCCAUCGGCCUGAGAACAACAUCCCUUAUGCAACAGUGGAAGAGGAGCUGAUUGGAGAAUUUGUGAAGUAUUCCAUCAGAGAUGGGAAGGAAAUAAACUUCUUGAGAAGAGAAACGGAGGCUGGUCAGAAGUGUUGUACCUUCCAGCACUGGGUGUACCAGAAAACCAGCGGCUGCCUCCUGGUCACGGACAUGCAGGGUGUAGGAAUGAAGUUAACUGACGUUGGCAUAGCAACACUGGCUAAAGGGAAGAUCCCAGCAUCUGCACCGCUUAUAAUAGUGAUGAAUAUAAGAAGGCCAAUAGCAACUGAAUCUUCUCUAUGUGUCAAGUACUUAGCCAGGUACAAAGGAUUUAAAGGCAACUGUUCCAUGACCUUCAUCGAUCAGUUUAAAGCACUACACCAGUGUAACAAGUAUUGUAAAAUGCUGGGGCUGAAAUCCCUUCAAAACAACACCCAGAAACCCAAGAGGCCAAGCAUCGGGAAAAGCAAAAUUCAGACAGCGGUGAAGAAGCCAGAGCCCGGGACCCCAGCAGAAAAGAAAACCUAGCACCCCUCAGUAGCGGGGGCCUCCAGCCAGCAGCACAUGGGCUUGGGAGUGAAAAUCACCCACACAGGAGACUCCUUGCAGAGUGUGCGGCCGUCCUUACUCCCACCAGAAUCUGCCCCAAGAUGCUUCUAUACUAGUCACCUGCCAUCUGCUAAAGUGAUUUUGGGACAGAUUUGUGACCAGACUCGUGGAGAGACUACAUCAGUCGUCAGCGUCAAAGGCAGUCCGCUCUCUGUACACACAGCAUGUUGGCACCAACUUGGUGUCACGUACCUCUUUGUCUAUUUGCACGUGGUUUUGUUGUCAAAGACUUGGUGCUGAGCAGGGUCCGUUCCAAGCCCCAAUGCUUCUCGUCCCUGCCUAAUCGGGGUUUCCAGACAUAUCUAGCUGUGAUGGGAACAGAAUCAUGAAUGUCAAGUUGCUGCACCAGUGUCCACGAUGCUGCUGCUGCUGUGGGUGGUGGCUUCUGGAACACAAGGCCACUUCCCACCUUGUUCACACAGCCAGUGACAAUUUUCUGUUUUGACAAAUUCACGUUUAAACAAAAAGCGUAAGCUGCAUAUGUCAUCAUAGACACUUGUUCUUUGGAAUUUGUGCCGUAUUUCACAUUCCCCCAGGACUUAGUCAUUUAGUCAUUUCCUAAUAGAUUUGCUGGAGCACAAAAUAUUCGUGUCUGUGUUUUCCCUUGUUCUUACAUUGCAAUUUAGGUUCCGUCACUUUCUACUCGGCUCCUUAACUCUGGUCUCCCUAAACCCCGGACUGACUCACAGCGUGUUGCAGGGGAAGGCAGGGGCUGAUCCUGGCCUGAGCUCACAGGGAUCCUGCCCUCCCCGACUGCGUGCUGUCUCCUUCCCUAUGUAUUCCUAUAUAACAUUCUGGGAAAAGCAAAAACUGGAGGGGAACAUGUGUGCAGUCCUCUUACAGGGGCAGUUGGCCUUCACUAGAGAACUCUUGACUUCUUUAGCUUUAAAAUAAUUUCCUCAAGCUAGGGAUUUUGUUAAAAAAGACAGCAUAGUUGAUAUUUUUGUUUAAAGAGGAAUUUGAGCCAGCGCAGUGGUGCAUGCUUGUAAUCCCAGUGGCUGGGAAGGCUGAGACAGGAGGAUCAUGAGUUCAAAGCCAGCCUCAGCAAAAGCGAGGCACUUAGCAACUCAGUGAGACCUUAUCUCUAAAUAAAAUAUAAAAUAGAGCUGGGGAUGUGGCUCAGUGGUUGAGUGCCACGGAGUUUAAUCUCUAGUACCAAAAAAAGAAAUUUGAAGAAGAAACCCUUGUCAGUUAUAGUUCAUAUUUUUUCAGAAAAUUUACCCAUUUCCAGCCUUUCUAUGAGGUGACCUUUUGCUUGCUAUUCCCAUAAAGAUCAUAUGGAUGCAUUUAAUAGUAGAGUUCUAGAAAGUUCCUUAAUAGUAAACAAAAAUAGCACGUUUUGGUUCUCUAUCCAUCCGUCCAUCCAUCUGUUUAUCCACCUGCCUAUCAUCUAUCUAUAUAUGUACAACCAGACCCUUCUUGACAGACCAGACAGUUUUUGGUAAUAAUUUAUAGUUCUAUGUUUAAAAAAAAUCAGCACAAGUAUGGGAAGGUAUAAAAUGAAGAGCAAAAUCACCCUGGCACCCUCCUCUCCUAGCUGGCUUUGAAUCCUGACUUGGAGAGGACAGUUGGAGGGAAAGGAUUUUCUGCUCCCAGAUUUUGUGCAUUUGCAGUCAGUGCACGGUGUGCUUCUCCUGGAUCUGGAUGUCCCUGCUCCUUUCACAGAUGCAUAGGUUUUUGUUUUUGUUUUCAAAGUGCCUGUAUUGUUGACCAUAAUCUGAUUUCAUCUGUUUACAGACAUUUGGAGGCUCAGAGACAGAAGGGGCUCUGCAGUGGGAUUUGACCCAGCCAAGGCUCUUGGGGAUGGUCCUGUGUAGCUGUGUGACCAUCUGUCUGCCACCCAAGCCCUUAUGUCCUGAAACAAAGUUCUGUUUCCUUACACAGUGAACAGGGUGAGCAUGGAACGGGCUCUCCUAUACUAAAGAUGGGGUUCUAGGGCCUCAUAAAUGUUCAUCCCCCACUGUGGUGGUUUUGGUUCAGUUUGCAACCCAUCUGGUUUCAGUGGAUUCUCCCACUGGUCUCCAUAAGGGUGCAGCGUUAGAAAGACUCCAAAUACAAUGCCUCCUCAGCCCAGCCCUGAGCUAGGAGGGCACAGUGGGUCCAGCUGGGGAUUUUGUACCUUCUGAUGCCUGCAGGGUGGUCACAUAUGUACAUGUCUCAGUUUCCUGAUGGGCUCGACAAUGCAGAUCUGUGAUGGGCAGAUCACAAAAACGAAUGAAAGAUUCAUGAAAAUGGGCCUGUGUUUUCAAUGGCAGGUUUGUCACUAAUUAGAAUGGCAGGCACACGAUGACUUCUUGCCAGUAGGCAUGGUGUUCUGGAGAGGUCUAGCGUUGGAUGUGUGCAGGGCUGGCUUGUAUUAAUAUUUCAUGGUAUCUCAUUGUCCCGGCCUUCCCAGCCGUGUUUCUGACAAGCCUCAUAAAAGCAAAGGGUUUCAACAGAGUCGUAUUAAAAAGAAUGCCAAAAUAAGUAACCAUUAUUUUCUAAUUACAAAGCACUCUCCUUUCUAAAUAUACAUCCUGCUUUGUGUGUGUUGGGCUUGUGUUCAACUGGAGGCAGAUGGGAGGGGCUUGCACCAGCCCGGUGCCUGCUAGUUUUCUCUGUAUACGUUCUGCUCUGGGGGGACCAUGUGUGCCAAAUGGAACAGAGCAGCCUUUCUCUGCCAUUUAGAUCUGCAGAUGCCACUUGGGCUUAACUAGUUUUUAAAAAAAAUUUUUUAAAGAGGCAUAAAACCUUUGUCUGUCUCCCAGUACACAAUUUAGUUUCCACCUGUUUGCCAAAAUCCAGGCAGAUCUGAAAUCACUGAGAGUCUCCUUGUUCUGAGGUAAUUUUUAAAAGCUGAAAACCAAGACAGAAGCCAAUUUCAUCCAUAGGAUUGUGUGGGCCCAGCCUUCAAUUUUAUGAUGUGAUAUGCAAAUAUUUAUAGGAAUUAAUUAUGUCAAUUGAUCAAGUUUUUUUUUUUUUUUAUUUUGCUUUUCAUGAGAGGCCCAAAUAGUCUUGGAUAGAUUAAUCAUCUCAGAGAGUUUUUUUUCCACCUCAAGAAAAGCCAGUCUUUUGGGCUGGGGUUGUGGCUCAGUGGUAGAGCGCUUGCCUCGCAUGUGUAAGACACUGGGUUCAAUUCUCAGCACCACAUAUAAAUAAAUGAAUAAAGGUUCAUUAACAAUAAAAAAAAUUACUUAAAAAAAAAGAAAAGCCAGUGUUUCAACUUUUUUUUUUUUUUGGUACUGUGUAUUGAACCUAGGGGCACUUAACUCUGAGCCACAUUCCCAACCCUUUUUCAUAUUUUAUUUAGAGACAGGGUCUUGCUGAGUUGCUUAAGGCCUUGCUAAGUUGCUGAGGCUGACCUUGAACUCACAGACUCCUGCCUCGGCCUCCCAAGCUACUGGGAUUACAGGCAUGCACCACCACACCCAGCAGUCUUUUGGCUUUCUGUUUCAUGGCCCAGAAGUAUCAGAAGCAACUCUGCUAGGGAGAUCCCUCCUCCAUCCCCCUCCAUCCCAUUAUCUCCCCUCUGAUGAUACCUGCACGGAAUGGCAGGUAGUGGCUUGUGGUUUUGCUGUUGUGAGCCAUUCCAGGACUGUUUCCAGGCAGGAACAAAGUGCCACAACUCUUAGGAGAUUUAGCAACUGAAAUUUAUGGUCUCAGUUGGGCUGAAGUCCUGCAUAGAGGUGUGAGAGGCUCUUCUCUAGGCCUGUCUCCUGGUCUCUGUAGUCUUGUGGCCAGUGGUAGCUUAACUUGUCCUCACAUAUGUUCUCCCUGCGUCUGUCCCAAUUUCCCAUUCUAUGUGGACCCCAGCCAUAUUGGAUUAGGGUCCACCUUAAUGACCUCAGCCUAACUUGGCAAAACAGCAUCUCUUCAAAUAAUAUUGUAUUCUGAGGUACUGGGGGGGGGAGGCAAUUCAAUCCUCAUCUUUCACCUCUACAUGCACUUCUGGCCAGUCUGUUCAGGCUCAGGUGCAGGUGGCAGUAAGUAGAGAUGGUGUCUGCCAAUCCCUUCAUUGACCCUCUUUCCUGGCCUCGUGGUGGUCCUGAGGUUCCUUUUGUAGAGUUUUAGGGAAAUCUCUCCCCUCUAUGCAUUGCUGUAGCACACCUGCCUCACAUGCCAGCGCCUGGGCCAACACCCAGGCUGCCUUCUCCCUGUCCAGCCCUCCUGCAGAGUGACCUCAACGGUCUCAUGGAAAAAUCUGUCCCAAGAGCUCUCUGCCAAUAAAAUUGUACCACGAUCUUGCAGUCAAUUCCGUGUUAGUAAUAAGAGGCUGCUUUUGUUCUUAGAGCCUCCAGUGGCUUUCUGUCUCCCUCAGAUCGAAAGCCACACUCCUCACACAGGUCAAUGGGAUCCUCCCGGAUCUCCCAAAUACCUCCCACCUCGUCUCACUGAUGCUUUGCUCAGCGCCAGCAACACUGGUCUUCACGCUCUCUUUUGAGCUCCCCAGCCUUGGGCGGGGGAGGGGGGGGUUGCGUUUUCUGUAUCUUCUGGAAUGUGCCUCUCAAGUAUCUGCUCAUAGGUCACUUUCUCAGACAGUUCUUCCCUGACCAUCCUAUUUAAGAUUGCAGGCCCCUCCCCCAGCUCCUCUUACCUCUUCUCUGCUUUGUGCCUUGUCAUCGCCAUGGGACAUAACAGACUUUUUUUUUUUUUAAUUGUCUAUCUCCUCCAUGCCACAAUGGCAUUUUUCUGUGAGCAAAAUUUUUUUCUUCCUGUUUUAUUCACUACUGCAUCUCAAUAUUUAGAAGAUGACCAGCAUGUAGAAGACACUUUGAUAUCAAUUUUUUCACCCAUCUGUGCAUGUUACCCCACCCAUGCUGGUGUUCUCAGAUGGAGAAGUUUGACCUCCUCCCUUAGGAAAAUGUAAUUAAAAUCUAGCUUCCCUGGAUCCUUGGCACAAUUAUUAGACCGAAAACCUUCCUAAAGCAGAAGGGCAGCCUGAGCAAUGAGUCUCCAGGCCCUUCUAACACUAAACUGCUACGUGAGUUUAGAGAGCAACAAUCCCUCUGAAUCCCAAUUGCCCAAUCUGAAAAAUGGGUAUGUCAUGAUACCUAUCUUGUAGGGAUGUGAAAAUUAAUUCAUGUACAGAAAAAAACUGACUUAGGGUGGCAUUCCAUAAAUAUGAAUCAUUAUUGUAGCUAUAAAACUUUGUAUUUUUAAAAUGUUUUAAAAUAUUUUUUUAGUUAUAAAUGGACAGGAUACCUUUAUUUUAGUGAUUUAUUUUUAAAUCAAACCCAGGGCCUCGUGCAUGUAAGGCAAGUGCUUUAUCACUGAGCUACAACCCCCAGACCUUGUGUUUUUUAGAGAAGACCUACAUGUAGAAAUAUCUGUACUUCAUUCAUAAUAGAUAAAUGAGUUUCAUAAAUCAUUUUACUAUUCACUGGAGGAAACAGUACAAUAAAACAUUACUGAAAAAUGA